CGGUUGUCGAUCGCCUGUCAAUGACCAGGAAGCGGCAACGAAGCGCAUCGGUCCGCCACGUGGACGACCACCCGACGCCGCAGCGCCGCCAUAAUGCAACGCAGAACGAUGUCAAUGGUGAGGCGGAUUUAACGACUCCGCCGCGUCAAGAUAACGCUGAGAAUGCCAAUAAUAAUGGUCCGAGCAUCACCAGUCCGACAAUCACCGUGACGUCGUCUCUCAAUGUCCUCGAUGGUGAAGUGACGACAAAAGUGGAGACUGUCAAAGAUGAUGAUGAGCAAGCCAAAGUGAAUGUGGCUCUCCCCAAACGCCGAGCAAUCGUCUGGUUCCGUCGCGACUUGCGGAUCCACGACAACUUGGCGCUGGACGCAGCGAUGCGCGCGCAGAUGCAGCUACAGAAGGCUGGCGACGAGGAGAUGGCGUUGUUGCCCAUUUACAUUCUGCACCGACCCAAACGCCAACGAUGCGGACCCGUGAGGUUCCAGUUUCUGCUGGAAGCGAUCGAAGACUUGGCUAGAUCCAUCGCAAAGCUGGAUGGACGGUUGUUGGUGCUAUCUGGAGACGCCGAGGAGGUGCUACGCACUGUAAUCGCAGCGUGGGGCGUCACCGAUCUCUUCUUUGAGGCUGGCGUAGCGCACUACGCCGUCGAUCGCGAUAACCGCGUCCGUGCCAUUGCGAAGUCUCUGGACGUCAAUGUCACGACGAUCCGAGGAGUGACGCUGUAUAAUCCACAUGAAAUCAUUCGGCUGAACAGCGGCCAGGCGCCAACGGACUACGAACGGCUUCUGGAGAUCACCGAGAAGAUGCCACAACCAACACAACCCAUUCCUGCUCCAGUGAAGCUCUUGAACGCUGCAUGCUUCAGUACCGACAAGUUGUUUUCUCUACUGGAGGAUGUCUGUCAGCAAAACCCCAGUGAGGCAGAUGUGAUCGCUGGAGUCGCCGGUGAUGUAAAGAAAACCGAAUCCGAGCUGUUUGUGGCUCCACCGCUCACCGCUUUUGGAUUGACACCGCCAACCCCCCACGCACCGUUGAUCGGAGGUGAAAGCGCAGCGAUGAAAAGACUGGACGAUUUUUGCGAAGACGAACGUCGCGUGGGGCAGUUUGAGAAGCCGAAAACUUCUCCCGUGUCAAUUGAUGGCCCCUCCACCACAACGCUGAGUGCUUACCUGAGUUUUGGGUGCCUGAGUGCGCGUGAAUUCUUCUAUCGCAUCAUGUUCAUCCAGCUACAGUACCCUCACCGCCCCGGUUUGCCGACACAGGUCACACUUGAAGGCCAACUCAUGUGGCGCGAGUUCUUCUACUGCUACAUGUGUGGGACGCGAAACUUCGAUUCACAGGAACUGAAUCCGAGCUGUAAACAGAUCGACUGGCGCUUGCUCAACGAAUACUACGUAUCCCACCCUGAAUACGACGAACAGGAGCCAAAGAAGGUGACGGAGGCAGACGAGAAGCUUGCGAUGCGCCAGUUGCAGUGCUGGAAGGACGGACGGACGGGGUUUCCCUGGAUCGACGCCGUCAUGCGGCAGAUCAACCAGGAAGGUUGGACGCACCACGCCGGACGCCAUGCUGUGGCGUGUUUCUUGACACGCGGAGUGCUCUACAUUUCGUGGCUUCGAGGAGCGACGUAUUUCCAAGAGAAAAUGAUCGAUUUGGAUUGGCCAAUUAACGUUGGCAAUUGGCUCUGGGUGAGUGCGAGUUGCUUCUUCACCAACUACCGUCGCAUGGCGUCUCCAUCCACGUUCCCGCAGCGAUGGGAUCAGCAAGGCCAGUUCAUUCGCAAAUACAUCCCAGCGCUCCGCAAUAUGCCAGACAAGUACGUUUUCGAGCCUUGGAAAGCGCCGCUGAAAGUGCAGCGUGACGCUGACUGCCUCAUCGGGAAAAACUACCCUUUUCCCAUCGUGGACAGCAAACUUGCCAUGUCGCGAUGCAUAGCUGGCAUGAGUAGAUCUUUCUCGGACAGUGAUACGGAGUCCACAACUUCAUCAUUGACGAGUACACGCACCCAAACUGAAGACGCAGAAGCUGACGGUUCCUCUCCGUGGAGUGGCGACGAUAUGUGCUACAACUACCGAGUCCCUGGAUCGAUCUCGCAGCCCGAGUGA